CAGAAACCAACUUCUUCAUCGACGGCUCAGUCAGACCCUCGUGACUCACUUUUGCACGCGACAAGGUAUCGCACAGUCAUAAUAUCCUGGACAUGUCUCGAGAAGCAAAGUCCCUCGCACCAAUGGAAAAAGUCCAACAUGCAUCUACGUCAGUAUGCAAAGGUACACAGACGCAUGCCCAUUCACUUUAUCGAAAUCAUGGAAUUCGUACUGCAACCUUGUCUGCCUCAAUACGUAUAGUCUUUUGCGUGAAGGGCAGCAUGUGCGUGUUAUUAUACAGUCUACUAUUGUCACAGCCAACAGCCCAUCACUAUGCUAUCUGCGGGCGUGAUGGCCACUGAGAUCCAAAUCAGACUUGCUAUAUCGAGUCUUGUUGUAGCCUCUCUUAUUCAUGUCAUAUUUCUCACCACAUCUUCCUAUUGUCUUACUCCCCUAACCCAGCUUUCGAAAUGAGGUACUUCUUCUGCUUCUUAUUCUCUUCAUGUCUCGCGCAGGCCGCGAGCAAGGUCUUUACAGGCUUCAACUAUGGCGCCUUCUGGAGCCUGGAAGCCAACGUCAAGAAGAAGGCAGACUUUCUUGAUGGCUUCAACUUAGCAAGAAAUCUUACCACCGACAUACCCUUCGAUAGUGCGCGCCUGUUCACUUGCAAAGCAGCCGGCACUCUCAAUGAGCCCACUGAAGCUUUCGAUGCAGCAGUCGACUCCAAGACCAACCUGCUCUUAGGAUUCUGGAUCACGCCAGGACAGAAAGGCGGCUCGCCGGACGAGAUCGUCAAGAAUGAAAUGGCUGCACUCGAAAAAGGAUUCAAGAAACAUGGCCAAGCCCUUUCAGAUCUAGUUAUUGGGCUCUCCAUCGGCAGUGAAGACAUAUACCGUGCCGAGGAGGCCGGCGAGAUAGGUGUCACUGCGGCAGUUGUCGGACAAACAAUCGCUCAAGUCAAGAAAGACAUCGCUGCCUCGCCAUUUGCUCAGUACAUGAAGGACAAGCCGAUUGGCCACGUCGAUACAGCCAAGUAUGCAGUGGUGGACAACGCUGACUUCAUUGGCAUGACUGCAUAUCCAUAUUGGAAUAAAGACAGCAUCGAAUCAGCAAGCACAAGCUUCCAAGGUUCUCUCGAGCAAGUCAAGCAGCACGCAGGUAACCGACCUGUAUGGAUCGCUGAGAUGGGCUGGCCCUCUACUGAUACCGAAUUACACAGCGCUGCAGUUGCGGGUGUGAACGAAGCACAGAAGUUCUGGAGCGAAGCUGGCUGUGCUGUGUUUGGUAAAUACACUACAUUCUACUUUGAGUUACUCAAAGAUACAACACCAGAACAGAAAGCUGAUUGGAGUAUCAUUGAUACCAACACUCGACAGCCAAGGAUCAGGAACUUGAGCUGUGGCAAUCCACAGGCCAAGCUCCCUACUGGCGCAUCAGCUAUCUCGCAAGCAUCAUCUCAAUCUGUUGGGUCGACGCCCCCAAGCAUACCUGUUUCUGGCUCACCAGUCACUCCAAGCGCGCCAGCGGUGAUACUGUCGUCUGAAUCUCCGUCGACCGGAUCAAGUACCAUGCACGUAACGGUAACGAGGACGACGACGGUGACUCCACAGCCCAUCCUACCAUCACUAGCUGCAUCCGGCGACACGUCAUUGACCACUUUCAUAGUGACUAUGACGAGCACUACUAUAAUAACGGCACAGGCCUCGAUUGUUACUUUAGCGAGCGGGAAUCAAUCACCUUCCCCCACUAAUGGUGUCGCUUCACUUGCACAAUUCCAAGUGGCGAUAGGUUCCAAAACGGUCACCGUCAAUACCACAUCAACAACCAUUGUCUUUGCAGAGACUACAACAAUAGCCGUUCCGAGAGACGUACCCCUAGAUGUCGAAUGGUGCAUCACAGUCGUCGACAUGGACCGAAACAGCAAACCUAUCACUAUCGCUGCGGGCCCUGCUGGGCUAGAUGGAGAAUGCAUCUCACCUCCAACUUAUCAAGGGUACCCGUAUAUAACAGCACGAUCAGCAGCGGAGCCGUCUAAGGUACCCAUCGGAACAGAUUGGUGUGUUACGGUGGCCGAUAUUGACCGCAACGGUCGUCCUAUACCUGUUGAUGCCGGGCCCGCUGGAGCAGACGGCGAGUGUAGUGUUCCCCCAACUUAUAGCGGUAUACCUGUGAUUACUACUUUGACUAUCGACUCGAAGGCGCCUGAGCCAUCGAAAGAGCUGCUGCCGAUGUCUCAGGCUAUGGACCUUGCUUCGCCUUCCAGUGUUCAAGUGUUAGCAGGCACUGUUGCGUCUUCAGCAAGCGCUGUUACUCCAUUACCUACAUCAUCGGAAAGGUCGCAAUGCAAACGUCGCGAGCCCCGAUCUACACCAUUGCCUGCUUCAAACUCAACAGUAUUAGUUGCAGCAUCUAUCACGACACCAACAUCUCUCUAUCUUGCCACUUCGUUUAGGGUACCUUCCGGUCCAUUCGGCGCUACGCUUUCCGACUCCCCCACUUCUAUGCUGACGGUUGUGACGGACGUCAAAGUGACCGUUGAAGACGGGCACAGAGUGGCAAUCAGACGACGAGGGAUCAACAAUCUCUUCAAGUGGAUUGGGAUGUAAGUGACUAGAGCCACGGAGUAAAUUUUGUUGAUACUCUACCGGUCAUCACUUCUGCUUUUGGUCCUUAAUGUCGACAUUAGUAGGAAGGUGUCGUGAAUGUAAGUAUGAAUGAGAUAGAGUGCAGUGUAAACAGCGGGGUUUCCUUGAGAUCUUACGCGCAUGAGAUACGUGCCGAACGUGUUGCUAGUUAGGUUUUGAGGAAUAGUUGGCAAUGC